AUGCCUAAGAAAGGAGGAAAAUCCAAGAAUAAGGGCAAGAGCAAAGGCAACAGCGUUGCUGCUGCCGCCGCUGCCAGCAAGAAGGCCACCGAUGUCGAAAACACUCUAACCCCAGGCAAUGAGGUUGAGGAAACCCUCCAGAAGAGCGAAGGAGAGACUGAAGGUGUUACGUCAGAAACUCGAGAUGCUGCCACUGCAGCGACUACCACUGCCGCCCCCGACACAACCUCCGCCCCGCAACAGAUCUCUGAGGAAGGCAGCAAGACUGCAUCCGCGGUCGGAGAAGAGGCGAAGAAGUCAACUGCAUUGCCCGAGGCAGUCGCAGAGGAGUCUAAGACAUUGCCCGAACGGCCAAAGGAACCUGCUGUCGUCGAACCGAUCACCGCCGCAGCAUCAGACGCUGCCGAUGCAGUUCAUGUGAAGCGACCCCACGAGACCACCCCAGCCGCCAAGGAAGAGGACACCAAGCCUGCUAAGAUUCCCAAGACAGACAAUGAGGUGCCAGCCGCCAAGCCAUCUGAAUCGACGGCUGCAGCAACCAAGGCCGAAUUGCCCAGCGAGAAGGCUUCUACGGUGCAACCUCAGAUAGUCCCUGGGCUUGGCGCGGACCCGAGAGAUAAAGUGUUAUCGGUUCUGGCUGUGCCAGGUUUGUCCUCUGUUGACGAUAAGGCUGUUACUGCCACAUCCUCCAAUGUUGCAUCCAGUACGGCUGUGCCUGCAACGGGCGCAGCCACCUCUACUGCUACGGACACGUCCGCCAAGCCCCAGACUGCGGCGGCGAUUGCACCGACUGGAGCCCCCACUGCUACCAAGGAGGUUGGAGAUCGUGAGGCCUCUAAGCCGCAGCAAGAGACUCCCGUCAGCACUAAGACUUCGGAAGUGCCCGCCUCUACAGCGGCAAAGGACACAGAAACCCCUGCGCCUUCGUCUACAGCCAAGGAGACAGCUGCCGCAGCUCCUGCAGCUCUUACAAGCACGGGUACGGCUACGACUGCACCUGCCGCUACAUCCACGGAGCGAGAAAUCCGAGUUCCCUCGACCAUCCAUGACAAGGCUCCGGCUAAGGAAGCGGCCCACAAGGAUACUGGCACACAGCCCGCUACCCAGAAGGCGGCCGCAUCUGAUCUGAAGCAGGAGCCAACCGGUGCGACCAAAUACCAAGCUGCCACGGAGACCAGGUCUCCGGUCGUUGCUGCCGCUGCUGCCGCUACUUCUGCGGCCAGGAAGCCAGAGGAGGCCAAGAAGACGGAAGAAACCAAGAAGACCGACAAGCCCAAGAAGACCGACGAGACCAAGACACCGGAAGAGAUCAAGAAGCCAGAAGAGGCUAAAGUCCGGGAUUCUCAGCCGGUCCAGGAAGCGCCGAAAGAGGGUGCGGGUGCCAGCGAUACAAAGCCCCAGGAAGGCAAGCAGCUUACGGACAAGGCCAAAGAGACAGCCAAGGCAGAGGCUGACAAGGCUCAAGAGGCUGCCAAGAAUGAAGCCGCCAAAGCCGAGAAGCGCAAGAACGGCUUCUUCGGCUGGCUUAAGCGCAAGAUCAAGGGGGAGAAGAGCUAA